CCAGAUUUAGACCCCAGUCUCUCCCAGGCACUCGGACCCAGCUGUCCGGAGGACAGGAGGUCCUCACCAAACUCUUUGCUCCAUUCUUCCUGUUCCUUCUCCUGGCUGUCUUCACCUUCUCUUUACCUUUUUGUCUUCAUUACUUCAUGGUCUGACACAGUCGCCAGGCAUCUCUGGCGUCUCUGUGCAGCCUGCUGUGCGAUCUGAUGCUCCUUCACCGAUCGCAUUGUCUCCACAGAGGCAGAGCUCCCCGUCUUCCUGGCCAUGGAUUCCUUUGCAGAGGUCCCCUUGUUUGAGAUGGAUGAGUAUGAGGAAGAAGAAGUUCUCUCGGUGAGGAGCAGAGGUGUCUGUACAUAUGCCACAUACCCCAUGGCGCCCCCUGCAGGAGCAGAUCCUGACACCUACAUUUACAUGAAUUUCAUGAAGAGUCACAGUUGCUAUGAUGCCAUGCCCAGGAGCUCCAAACUGGUCAUCUUUGAUACAACGCUGCAGGUGAAGAAGGCUUUCUUUGCUCUGGUGGCGAACGGAGUGCGGGCGGCGCCGCUGUGGGACAGCAAGCUGCAGUGUUUUGUAGGUAUGCUAACCAUUACGGACUUUAUUAACAUCCUUCAUCGCUACUACAAGUCUCCCUUGGUUCAGAUCUACGAACUGGAAGAACACAAAAUAGAGACAUGGAGAGAAAUAUAUCUGGAGUAUUCAGUCAACAGACUCAUCAGCAUCAAACCUGCAUCCAGUUUGUUUGAUGCCAUCUACUCCCUGCUAAAGAAUAAGAUCCACCGGCUCCCAGUUAUUGACCCAGCUUCUGGAAAUGUCCUCCACAUCCUGACACACAAGCGGAUCCUCAAAUUCCUUCACAUCUUUGGCUCCAUGAUUCCUAAACCCAGGUUUCUUCAAAAGCAGAUCAACGAGGUGCCGAUUGGCACCUUUAGGGAGAUUGCAACAAUCCAGGAAUCUGCCUCUGUCUAUGAAGCUCUGGCUAUUUUUGUGGAAAGAAGAGUGUCAGCCCUGCCUGUGGUUAAUGAACAAGGUAAAGUUGUGGCACUGUACUCCAGAUUCGAUGUCAUUAACCUUGCUGCCCAAAAAAAUUACAACAAUUUAAACAUGACAAUGAAAGAGGCCCUCACGUCACGAUCCUGCUGGGUUGAAGGAGUCCUUAAAUGUUAUCCACACGAAACACUGGAGACCAUCAUCGACCGCAUAGCUAAAGCUGAGGUUCAUCGACUAGUUUUGGUUGACAGAGAAGAUGUGGUGAGAGGGAUUGUCUCUCUGUCUGAUAUUCUGCAAGCCCUGAUUCUCACUCCUGCAGAAAMUUUUGCUACAUUUGUACAAAAUGUCUCUCCAGUCUCACAUGAACAGUUGACACCCUUACCUUCAAAGUUCAUCUCUCCUUUUUCGAGCCAGUGUCAUCACUUCCUUCUCCUAAAGUUCCAGCCAGCAUUUCCCAGGUUUGCAUACCUUCCUCUUGUUCUAAGCAAAGAGGUUUUAAUCCAUUGUUCUGCCUCACCUCCACAUCCCAUCUGGCAAGUCUAGGGGCACUUCUUUAUAUCACGACAUCAGUGAUGAACGUAGUAACAAAGUGUCCCCAAUGAUGUACGAAGUUUUAAAAUUAUUAAUAGGAGAAACUCCAGCAAUGGUCAUGUAGACAUAGUGCAGCUGGAUUUUCCCAGGCAUGUAGCCUGUGAUCUGGCGGUGAAUGCAUUGACAGAGUUUAGAUUGUGAAGAAAUAACCCUGCCGUCUUAAAUUAGUAGUUGACACUUUGGCAGGUGUUAAAACAACAACGAAUUUACCAAAUCAUUAAAAGCAACACAUUGCAUAUCUAAUGUUAACAGAAAAAUCAAGCAACAUUGCAAUAUCUAUAUAUAUAUGGCUGUUGUAUGUAUUGGCUGUUUCAAAAUUAGUGUAUUUUUCAAAACUGCAAUGGAAACACUUUUUUCAUCACAAGUCGUGUUCAGAACUGGAUGUUGCUACCAGUGGAAAACACGAAGAAGACGACAGGAAGUGGUAGGAGAAUAAUGGCGUGACGUGUUUUUUAAUGACUUAUUGCAUUUACAAACUUAGUCACGUGUGAUUCUAAUUUGAUAUUUUAUUUAAUGAAAACACCGCAAUAGUGAAAUUGUGUCUAGGGAAAAACAGUUGAGAUCUUUUCACAACUGAUUCUGCAUUUUGUGUCAUAUGUUGUUUGUAAAAGUUUCUUGGUGUUUGGACCUGCUUUUAUCUUUAUUUUUAAGCUUACAAAGUAUUGCAAGUAAAAAGGCUGGCGCUUCCUUUUGCACAGUUGUAUGAAUUCAAUGUCCAAUACUGAAUAAGACCCUGCUGGUGUGUCAGACAAUGUACAUUUCAUUUGUGCAAUAGCUUUAAUUUAUUUUUCAAACUUUGAGGAGAACAAGCUCUUGACACUGCUCAAUUACUAACACUAGACGUUUGUAGAUUUACAGUGGCUAUUGAGCACUCUUCAAUAUUUUUCGAUUGUUCAUUAUUUAUUCAGAUAGUGCCAGGAUAAUGCUAUGUGUCAACAUGAUUUUCACUGGGACUCCGUAGAGUGAAAGAGAGACUGUAGAAAUCAGAGUGAGGCCAAACGUUCAGCGCUGUUGCUAACAGAGCUUCAGGUGGGAUCCAAGUUCUACUCUGAUGACAUCAACCAGCUGCACUCAGAGUACAAAGCACUUAAAGACAGUUUGCUG